AAGUAAUUUUCUAUAGUGUGUGUUUGUUAUAAUAAGCCCAUGGUGCUCUAAGAAGGACAUGAAAGCUCUUUAUUUUCACCUAAUGUUGUGUGUGUCUGUUUACUUCAUGUCCAUAAACUGCUCAAACACAAUUUUUUCUCUCUUUAUUGAGAGAGAAGUUUUGGAUCCGUCUAUGAGGUUUAAAAUACGCAAAGGAGUGGAAUCAUCUUCAGAACAAUCUGUCGUCAUGUUCAGAAUAAGAAGAUCAUUCCUUUCUUUAUUUAAGUCCUCAGAUUAUGGAGAAGUGUUCACACCUGAGUGUGUUCAGCGAGAUGAUGAGGACAAACACAAGACUAUAUACAGAGCCAGACACACAGAUUAAAUCUGAGUCAUCUCCUAGGCGCAGAUUCGGAAUGAAUCCUGAUGAAAUGCGUCUCCAAAGAGCGGAAUCAUCUUCAGGACAAUCAUCCUCAGAUUAUGGAGAAGUGUUCACACCUGAGUGUGUUCAGCGAGAUGAUCAGGAAAAACACAAGACUAUAUACAGGUUUGUGUGUUCACAUGCUGGUCAGUUUCAGUGCAGUCUGACCAGCCUUGUGUUUGUGAUGGAGGAUGAAGGAGAGGUGCUGUAUAACACAGUCUCAUGGGAUUCUGGUCUGGGUCAGGUGCAGCCUGCAGGGCCCUUGUACAACAUUGAAUGUUCUGCAGGUUCAGUCUCACAUCUACACUUUCAGCACUGUGUGAUAUUCUCUGAAGAAAACAAGGACUGUUUGGCUGUAGCACAUGUCACUGGUGGUAAUGUAGAAAUAAUACAGCCACUCAGAGUGACAGAAACUCAUGUGAUCAUUGACAUCAGAGAUCUCAGCAUUUUUGGGCUCAUCUGGAUUAAAAAAAAAUUUGGCUUCCCCAUUAAAGGCCAGGUUUUGCUCUUUCUUCGACCUGUAACUGUUAAACAGAAAAUACUUAAUGUCCACUUGCUUCCAGGGAAUGUUCCAGUAUCAGAGGUCCAGCGCUGGCACCUGGAUAAAAAAUACAUUGAGACAAGUUCAAAAUGUCAGCUGUUUCCUAAAAAACAAUACAGUCUGUGUUGUCAGCCAGAGGAUUGUGAAGUGCAACCAGUGAGUGAGAUGUUUGAGCUUGAUCCUUUUGGCCCAAACUAUCAUCCCACGUUUGAAGUGUUUUUGGAUGUCAACAUUGAGGAGAUCCGAUUGGGUGUUUUGGAAACUCGAGAUGGGAAGGAAGUGUGGAAAACACGGCGAAUUCUUCUUACAGUUGCACCAAGUAAAGGUGUAGAACCUCCUGUGCAAAGAAGGAUCCCAGAAACUGAAUUUGUGAAAACAAACAGAGAUAAACUCAUUCAGAGAGUUUCAUCAGUGAUGGCAAUUGCUGACAGUUUGAUGAGCCAAGACAUGAUUAAUAGUGAAAUGUACAGUAAAGUUCGUGCUGCAGACACACGAGAAGAGAAAAUGAGACACUUGUUGGAUGCUCUUGACUCUGGAGGAGCUGCUGUAAAAGCAGAGUUCUGCAGACUGCUAAAGGAGAAGGAGCAUCAUCUUGUAAAUGAACUGGGGCCUCAUUUAUAAAAACAGGUUUAGAGAUUUCACAUCUGGAAGAGAGGCAUACACACUUAGUUUGUUUUUUUUUUUUUUUUUUUUUUUUUGCAUGUUACUUUCUCUGAAUCACACAUGCACAAGUGAUCGUAAAAUGAAAUCUGUCACAAUUCUGAAAUCUGUCACAAAUCUGAAAUCUGUCACAAUUCUGAAAUAUUCUUUCAUUUGUCAUGCAUUGAUUGUGUCAAUGUACUUUUUCAAAAGAAUUUGUGGUAUGUACUGUAUGAUGUUG